GGUAAAGAACCAACUGAUCAGCACAUUAAGCAGGUUUGCAUGAGAGUCAUGCAAGAACAACUAGCUCAGCUGGCAGCCAGUCUUAGGAGGCCAGAAUUUGGUGCUCCAGGUCUUCCUGGCCGACCGGGGCCGCCAGGUGCUCCAGGACCUGCUGGUGAAAAUGGGUUCCCAGGACAGCUUGGACCGCGGGGCUUACCUGGCCUUAAAGGUCCCCCUGGUGAGAUUGGUCGUAAAGGUCCUAAAGGUGAACCAGGAGAAAGAGGAGAAAGAGGAUUUCCAGGCAGAGGACUGAAAGGUUACCCUGGACCAAGAGGUCUUCCAGGUGAACCAGGCAAACCCAGCUAUGGCAGGGAAGGCCGUGAUGGUGAACGAGGUCGCCCUGGGGUGGCUGGUCAGCCAGGGGUUCCUGGUCCUCCUGGCCCUCCUGGCCCUCCCGGGUACUGUGAGCCGUCAUCUUGCAGAAUGGAGGCUGGACAAAGAGCUGAUAAGAACAUGAAAGGGCCGUGAAAAUGCAACGCAAAAGCCACGGAGUGUCAGCGUCAAUUUACUUCCUGUGCAGACAGCUGAGAAAAAAAUAAGGAAUAAAGGAGAAAUACAAAACAAGUAGAAACCUUUCAACCACGGUUUCAGUAAGGCAUUUUUGACACAGUGGUUGUAUGUUCUUUCUAAUGGUGUACUUGGCAACACAAGCUGGAACAAUGGUGCUUACAAAAAUACACAGG